UCAAAUUUUCUGCUUGCAUAUAAUAAUUCAAAUAAUAAUAUUAGUAUGUCCCAACCAAAACCUGCCCUAUCAAAUGAAAUAAUUUUCAUAUAAAAUACUUUAGCGCAUUUUCAAUAUGUUUCACAAAUACCGACCAACAAAGUUACACAUCUAGUUUGUAUGUAAACCAUGAAUUUCUUGUUUGAAAUGUUGUUUCUUGUCCCAAAGAGCCGAUACGUCAAAACUGACAUGCCUUCUCAUACAAGAUUUAGGAAGGGAUGACUUCGCUGGCUGAUUGUUGUAGCACGAACGUUCUGCAUGCAGUCGUUCGAUUUGCAGUUCAGAAUAAAGUGCAACGAUAGUACCUGCUACAAAUGCAGUUCCGAAGUUUCUUUUAUUUACAAUUAAUCGUUGCGUCUAAUGCGAACACGGUUCAUCUGAUUCGUGAUUAUUUCUUUUUCAAAGAUGUCUCCAGGCUUGUUGGAUUUUCUUGUUUUAAUGUAGAUGAGUAUGAAAUCACCAGAAUUUUCAACGAUGCCGGAAUCGCAGUCUCCAUAAAGCAACUUCAACCGAACAUCGACAUCCCGCGAUUUUUACAUACUGAUUAUUGGACUUUAGGGGUGUUUUUAGAUCUACGAUGCAACUUCACGGAUGAAAAUAUUAAGAAACUUUUCAGAGGUAUAAUUAGAAUACCAAGUUUAUAUUGGAACCAUCUAUUUUAUUAUAUUAAAAGGAAUGAUGAAGCAAGAAUUAUGAUUCAGGCUUCAGAGAAUUAUAUGUUCGAACACCUGCAUCAGUGGUUGAUUCUGUCGGAAAAUAUAAAUCGUACGGUUCAAUUAUUUAACGAAACCACGUUCAGCAUCGUUAUGGAUGUUAUAAUUUCUGUGUCGGAAAAUGAGAAUUAUGUUCUUUAUGAUGUGUACAAUCAUUGUAAACAUUGUGGUGGUUUACUGAACAUCACUACGUUCGGCAGCUGGAGUCUUGAGAACGGAUUAGAAAUUAAUUUGAUAGAUAAUAAGUUUAAAAGAAGGUGGAACUAUUUUGGAAUGAAUGUUAAAGUUAUUGGCGUCGUGAGUGUAACUAACAGAUCUAAAGAUCAAGAUCUGAUAGAAUAUCUUCAAGAAAAGAAAGGCAACCUUCUGGACAAUUGGUCGAAAUUUGGAUAUUCACUCAUAGUACACAUUGCCGAGAUGUUCAAUUUCACCUUGGAAGUCUCAGCAAUAGACCACUGGGAGAAAGGUAAUAAAAUUGGACCCUUAGUCACUAGUCUUAACAAACGACUUUACGAUCUAGGAUACUACCCAUCAAUUUUGACUCUUGAAAGAAUGAAUAACGCAGAUGUAAUUACACAAGUUUGGCCUCUGAGUUACAAUAUUUUUUACAGAACCUGUUUCAUGUUUCUCACUGUACCAUCAUCGAAGAUGGAUAUAAACAUAAUUUUUAGACCGUUUUCAACAAAUGUUUGGUACAUGAUAUUGUUACUAUCGUUCAUUAUAAUUUUCGCAUUAUGGUUGAUCUUGAAAGUAGAAAACAAUUCUGAUUAUGGAGCGACAGUUCUCAUUAUUGUUGCCGCACUAUGUCAACAAGGGCUGCCAUUUAAUGAUAGCAGUAAAUAUGCAGGUCGUGUUGCUUUUCUUCACACUUUGAUCUUCGGCUUACUCCUGUAUAAUUAUUACUCGGCGGCAGUAGUAUCAGCCCGGUUGAAUGCGCCUUUAAACAAAAUGAAUGAUUCAUUGUACUCGUUAAUGCAUAGUAAAAUGAAGCUUACAGCUUAUAAGGAUAUCUACUUCAAUUACUUAUUUCGAGCUCCUGUAACGGAGGUACAGCUUUUUAAAAAAUACUGGGACAAGAUACCAGAGAAUGAGAAGUUUGAAUCGAUAGAGAAGGGUGUAAGAGAAAUUAUGAAGCCUGGACAUGCUUAUCAUAUAGACCCUGUUCUGGCUUAUCCACUCAUUGAAGUUAUGUUCACUAAACAGAUGAUUUGCCAGCUGACCGAAGUACAUUUAUUUCGACCUAGUACGAUAGGUUUGUGGUCAUCGCAACAUGGUCAAUUUCUAGAGAUAACGAAGAUUGGUCUUAUUAGAAUGUAUACUGCGGGCAUCAGAAAGCGACAGGUACUACGUUGGACAGCUAAAAGACCUUAUUGUGAUAAGGAAAAACCCUAUGUUUCAAGUGUUACGAUUCAUGAAACAAUACCGAUAUUACUUAUUUUACUUUUUGGAAUUACCCUGUCUAUUAUAAUCUGUUUUAUUGAGAACAUUACUUUUCGCACGUUGCAAACUAAGCAGUGGAAAAGAAAAUCUGAACAGGUUCGACGAAAAAGUAUGACACUUAAAAAUAAAAUUGUACUAAGAAAAAGCUCUGAUAAAAAAAAUUACUGA